AGAUUUAAACCGUAUUUAUAGGCUGUUGUCUGUCGUCAUUUGUUGAAAUCAGCUGGAAUAACCUGCGAAACAUAACCUGUAAUAAUUAAUUGUCAAACAGCUAUUUAGGCAAACAGCAAAAAUCUUGAUCUCUAUCGAAAUAUCAUCAGAACGAUGGGGAAAACAUCGAAGGAUAAGCGCGAUAUAUAUUAUAGAAAGGCAAAGGAAGAGGGAUGGCGAGCCCGAAGUGCUUUCAAGCUACUCCAAAUCGAUACCGAAUGUCACAUUUUCGAUGGAGUAUCCAAAGCGGUGGAUCUAUGUGCUGCACCUGGAAGCUGGAGCCAGGUCUUAGCUCGCAAGCUAAACGAGAACUAUAAGAAGGCUUUAGAAAAAGGCGAUGCGCCUCCUCCAAAAAUUGUGGCAGUCGAUCUGCAGGCAAUGGCACCCUUGGAAGGAGUUAUUCAACUACAAGGUGACAUUACCAAUACCAAUACCGCACAACAGAUUAUUGCGCAUUUUGACAACACUCAAGCAGAUCUGGUAGUAUGUGAUGGAGCACCUGAUGUGACUGGCUUACAUGAUAUGGAUAUAUUCAUUCAAUCACAGCUUCUAUUAGCUGCUCUGAACAUAACUACACACAUCUUAAAACCUGGUGGAACGUUCGUGGCAAAAAUCUUUCGUGCCAAGGACGUGUCGCUCUUGUACGCUCAAUUGAGGAUAUUUUUCCCUUACGUGUAUUGCACAAAACCCAGUAGUUCUCGCAAUUCGAGUAUCGAGGCGUUUGUAGUUUGUAAAGACUAUUCUCCACCAGAAGGCUAUAAACCGCACAUGCUAAACCCUUUACUGACACAUGAGCCAUGCAAUUUUGAAGAGUUGACAGGAGUCAACAGGAUCAUUGUUCCAUUCGUUGUAUGCGGAGACCUUAGUCAACCUGAUUCCGAUAUGAGUUAUCCACUAGAUUACAGAGGAAAGAAAUACAAGUACCAUGAGCCAGUGCAAACCCCGAUAGCACCGCCUUAUGCUGAGGCGUUAUCUUUGUUAGAAAAUAGAGGAGCUGGAAGCAGCGCUCUUGUUUUCGAUCAUGAUACCGAUUUUAAUGAGACUGACAUCGAUCUAGCGAUUGAAAACGAAAGUGCGUCAUGGAUAGCAAAGUUCAAGGAAAGUUCAAUCGAAGAAGAAAAUGGCAGAAAGAAAAGGACUGAAUUGAAUACAAUUGCAGAAACUGCAGAGGAUGAGAAUAAAGAAGAGGAAGCAAUCAAUGCGUUACAAAACUUGUACAUGUCCGAGGAAGCUACAAAUAUAGACGAUACUUUAAUGCAGUAAAUGAAACAAAUAUAUUCUUUUGUACCAUAUUAUUCAUUAAAUAGAUGUACAAGGA